CAAAAAUGUACCACCCCUUCGAUCCCAUCUCCCCGGAGGAGAUGCGGGCAGCAGUAGGUAUUCUGAAGGAUAAGUUCAAAGGCAUUAGACUCCGGUUCAAUCUCAUCGACGUCAAUGAGCCCAUCAAGGAAGAAGCGAUUCCGUAUGUGGAAGCAGAGCGCCUUCAUCAGGAGCUGCCAGUAGCACCAACGAGGCUUAUUCAGUGUUUGUUUCACAGAGUGGAUACCUACGUUUUCAUGAAGGCCAUGGUAAACGUCGAAGAACGAAGAGUGGAUUGGGUCAAGGAAAUGCCAAAACACGUCCAGGGCCCUGCGGACAUCGACGAGAUGCAAGCACUUGAAGAACUUUGCAUGACCCAUCCAAAGGUUUUAGAGGAGAAGGAAAAGCUGCAAUUGCCAGAGGGUGUCGAUCUGUGCUGCGAGCCCUGGAUUUACGGCACAGAUGACUCAAAUGAAGAUCGAAGGCUUUGCCAAUGCUACCUCUACUUGAGACCAGUUGAUCACGAACAGACCAACCAUUAUUCGCUCCCUGUUUCCUUCUCACCCGUGUUUAACUCUGUGACUAAAGAGUUUGUGCGCAUGGACUACUUGCCCACUGGAGCAGAUACAAAAACCGGCCCCACGAAGCCCUGGAAGCCCGUCAAGGCUGUGGAGUAUGCUCACGAUUUGCUUGACGAGCCGUUGAGGAAAGACCUCAUGCCAUAUAUCGUACAGCAACCAGAGGGGCCUUCAUUUACUGUGGAAGGUCAGCUGGUGAAGUGGCAGAAAUGGCGAUUUCGAGUGGGAUUUAAUCACCGUGAAGGUUUGAUUCUCUAUAACGUCACAUAUGAUAGUCGAAACUUGUUUUACCGUCUUGCUCUCUCAGAAAUGACUGUGCCAUAUGGAGACCCGCGAAUGCCUUUUCACAGAAAACAAGCAUUUGAUGUAGGAGAUGUUGGCUUGGGAGUUACAGCUAACCAGCUCGCGCUGGGCUGUGAUUGCCUUGGCUAUAUCAAAUAUUUCGAUGGUUUCCGCAUAGAUUCCAAGGGUAACCCGAUUUUGUUGAAGAACGUUAUCUGUCUACAUGAACAAGAUAACGGAAUUUUGCAUAAACAUACCAAUUUCCGUAACAAUGCAGCAACUGUCGUACGAAACCGUCAACUUGUGGUGCAGAUGAUCUGCACGCUUGCCAACUAUGAGUAUGCCUUUGCGUGGUACUUUGACCAAGCUGCUGGCAUUCAAUUCGAAGUGCGCGCCACGGGUAUUGUUUCUACAAUACCGGUUGACGAGCCGGGACUCUCUGUUCCUUGGGCUACACAAGUUGCACCGGGAGUGAUGGCUCCAUUCCACCAGCAUUUGUUUUCCUUGAGGAUUGACCCAGCCGUUGAUGGUUAUAAGAACACGAUCUACUACGAAGACAGUGUACCUCUUCCCGUCGAUGAGAAAUUGAACCCUCACGGUAUUGGAUAUGGUGUGGAAAAGACGGUGAUCAAGAAGGCAGGCCCGGCAAAGACAAACGUUGACCGACACCGGGUGUUCAAGAUUCGCAACGACGACGUUAUCAAUACUGUUUCAUACAACCCCGUUGCAUAUGCGAUCCAUACAGUCCCGAGCCAGAUGAUUCUUAUGAACGAGCAAUCCUUCAACACUAAGCGCGCAGAGUUUGCGAAGGAACCGGUCUGGGUGACUAAGUACCAGGACGACGAACUAUACGCAGCUGGGGAGUUUACGAACCAGAGCAGAGAGGAUACAGGUCUGGCAAAAUGGGCAAAAAGGGAUGACGAUGUCGAAAACAGCGACGUUAUAUUCUGGCACACAUUCGGUCUCACUCACAACCCUAGACCAGAGGACUUCCCCAUCAUGCCCGUCGAAACCAUUACAGUUGAUCUAAAACCCAGCGGCUUCUUCACAAAGAACCCGGCUCUUGAUGUGCCCCGAUCAACCCAAUCGUUUAACAAAUCUGUGCUGGUGACGAAAUCGGAGGAUGCAACGUGUGGCUGUUGAUGUAGCUAGCAUUUAGUCGAACUAGGCUGUCAUAAAGUGCUGCGAUAGACAAGUGACAUGUGACAACUUCACAG